GCAAUAAUAAUUAGUUGAUGAUGAUCAUCCUGAAAAAUGGUGGAAAUUGUGUUAUUAGAGCGAGAGUCGACUCGGUGACGACGAAAGAUUAGAUUUGAAUCCGCCGGCAUAUUGUCAAAUGCGUCGUCCUCUUCUUCGUCCUCAAAACAGAAGAGAAUAGGACCAGACCUUAUCUCCCUGGCCAGAUUAAGGGCGGCCAAUUAAUACACACGACACGCACAUUUAGAGUGAAAUUCCUGCCCACAGAAGAAGAAGCAGCCAAUCAGAAAAUGAAUAGUCAUGCCUUGCCUUGCCUUGAUUGAAACACAGACAAACUUACUCACCUACGCGCAUACAAACAAAUCAGACCAGAAGUAGUAGUAGUAGUAGGAUAAGGGGAAUCUAUUGUCUGACAAGUCCUAACGAAAAAACAUCAUCAAUUGUUGAUUUCUGUUCCCUAUAUGCUUGUUCGUUUGUAAUCCAAGGCAAGGCAAGGCAGCGUCCAUGAAUCACAAUUAUCGCGUUCCGGAUUUCGAAAUUUAUGCCGACGAAUCAGCAAAUCCACCUGCAUCGACGAGUCAAACCAGGCCUAAGAAAUCUGCAAUUGCGGAGGAAGAUUUGACAGAACUCCUAUGGCAAAAUGGACAAGUGGUAUUUCAGAGCCAAAAUCAAAGAUCUCAGAGAAGAGCAAACAUCGGAGACGUUAUUUUACCGGCGGAGAAUCCUCCGCCGAGACAGAUCCCACCGGAUGAAGUUACGCCGGUGAAUUUGUUCAUGCAAGAGGAUGAGAUGGAAAACUGGUUGCACUAUCCUCUCGAUGAUUCUACUCCUUUCGAUCGUGACCUAUAUGCCGAUCUACUUUAUCCUACUACUGGCGCUCCAGCGCCCCCUCCCACUCGUCUGGCGCCAGUAACCGAUAUUCUUAACGCAGAAUUCCAGCCUCGGAAGCCGCCGGAAUCCAAAGCAACGGCGCCGGUUCACGACUUCACACAUACCUCGAGGCAUAAGGGAAGGGGGGUGGAGCAUGGAGGACCGUCGAAUUCGAACAAAACGAUUGAACCGACGGUUGUGGACUCGAGCGAUACGCCUGCGUUGAGGGGAGCGACGAAAUCUAGAUUUGAACAAUUUAACAACAGUGCGAUGCAUAUUUCGGCCAGAAACUUAGGGUACUACCACCAGACGAUCGCGGCGUUGGGGACAUCAUCUGCGGCUGCUGGAGAAACGGAUAUUCGAACGUAUGAUUUUACAACGACAUCUCCAGGCGACUCAGGAGCUAGCGUGAGUGUCGAGCCUUCGACCCCAAAGCCAGCUCCUCCAGUGAUAGAGGAUCGGAAACGGAAGGGCAUAGAAGCCGACGACGGCUAUUGCCAGAACGAGGAUGUUGAUGUUGAGUACUCUGAUGUAAAGCAACGAGUUCAUGGAUCAACAUCUACAAAGAGAUCUCGUGCUGCAGAAGUCCAUAAUCAAUCAGAGAGGAGACGUCGAGAUAGAAUAAACGUAAAGAUGAAGGCUUUGCAAGAUCUAAUACCCCGAUGCAACAAGUCAGAUAAAGCUUCAAUGUUGGACGAAGCAAUUGAGUACUUGAAAUCACUACAGAUGCAAGUGCAGAUGAUGUCAAUGGGUUGCACCAUGGUUCCUAUGAUGUUUCCUGGCGUCCAACAUUACAUGCCAGCUGUCGGGAUGGGAAUGGACAUGGGAAUGAUGCGUCCAAUGAUGCAAUUUCCUCCUGUUGUCCCAGGCUCGGGUGUUCCAAACCAAGCCACUAGUACAAAUAUGACUCCGAGAUUUCCUAUCCCGAAUUUCCAUUUGCCAUCCGAUCCCAACAGAAUCCAAGAAACAAACCUUCCAGAUUCUAUGAUGAAUUCCUCAUCCGCGCCCACUCAAAAUCACAGUCAUUCGCAGAUGCAGCAGCAGCAGCAGCAGCAGAAUAUUGUCGAUCCUUAUCAGCAGUACCUUAUAAUGCAACAAUCUCGAGCAUCACUAGCUCAGAACCACCCGACAAUGAUGCAUCAACCUAAUACAAACAAUCCUGGUGGAAAUGAUCAUGGGAAUCUCAAACCUGGUUGAGAGUGGAGUAAGGUGUCAUGAAAGGCUCUUUGACUGACAAAUUUUGUAACACAGCCACCACCAUAGUUCUAUACAAUUUGGUUAAUUUUAUCUCUAACCUGUAAUUAUAUCUUCAAUAUUUUACUGAUUGAGUUUUCUUUACAUCCAUACUUGUUAUAUAUAUAGCAGUAGUAGUAGUUAUUUGUAGUAAUUAUUGACCCUGUAAGGAAAAAUCUUUCUAAGAUUGGUUGAUACAUGCAUAUUUAUCAUCAAGUACUUGAUUAGAUUUUGA